AUGCUCGCCAAAUUUUGCUGCGCGAUUUUUUGAGAAAGGCUCGGAUCGAUCGCCUGUGUGGAUUACGUGAGAUUUGGCAAAUGAUAGAAAAUGUCGUCGGAAAAGUCGAGAAAUUUGGAUCUAUUGUUGGCAGCAGUGAAAGCAUGCGACAAGUCAAUGAGCGAAGAUGCCCAGCAGAAGCCUCAUGAGACGAUAAUGGCUGCUCAUGCGCUGUUAGACAUAUCACCAACCAACACCGGGGACGACAGGAAAUUCAUUACUGUAGAUUUCAUCAAAGAAGAACCACCUGCUAGUCCCCUGCCAGAAGAAAACAUUGACCCAAUCACUGCUGAUGAUGAAGAUGAUGAAUUGAAGCAUAGAGUAUCUCACAUUCAUCUUGAUGAGGAAACUAUGAGAGAGCUGACACAGAAGGGUAUGGCAACCCCUUCAGUGGAAACACUCAACACUCUUAUGCAAGCAACACUGAGGCAAACGGCGGACUCGCAACAAGUACUGACCGUUCCCACAUCACAGUUUGCAUUUGAACCACCAUCAGAUCAUAAUAUUGAGAUGGGCUAUGAAAUGAACCUUGAUACAGAUCACCAUCACAACCACCAUCAUAAACACCACCACCACCACCAUGAAGGAAGAGAACAACAUAAACGACAUAAAAAGUCUAAAAAGAGUCGAAAGCCAAAGAUCAAAUCAGAAUCACCUCUCCAAUUGUCAAAUGGCAGCAUCAGGAAAAAGGCAAAAGAUGCACACACCACGUACCUGUGGGAGUUCCUACUGGAGCUACUUCAAGACACAGAGACCUGCCCUAGAUUCAUCAAAUGGACGAGCAGGGAACAGGGUAUCUUCAAACUGGUCGACUCCAAGGCUGUAUCCAAGUUAUGGGGUCAACACAAGAACAAACCUGAUAUGAACUAUGAGACUAUGGGUAGAGCACUCAGGUACUACUAUCAACGGGGGAUCCUAUCGAAGGUUGAUGGACAGAGGCUAGUCUAUAAAUUCUGUGAGAUACCAAAGAACAUCCGUGAAAUCGACUGCAGUUGAGGUCUUCGGCAUCACUGACAAUCUUCCAUUCAUCAGCUUUGUGACUGGUUAAAACAUUAUUACAGAGAUUCCAGAUUAUAUAGAAAUAUAUAUGAAUAUAUAUUAGAGAUACUUUAUAAUAUUUGCUUGAGAUUGCUUAUUCCAUUUCAACCGAACUGAUGGGCAAUGGAAAUAUUUGCUAUGAUGAGUAUUCGACGCUGUAGUGCAGGAGAUGACCAAACAGGAUUUUCACCAAUGGUGGCGAGCAAUGGUGGCAAGGCCGAAAGAGGAAAAUUUGAUUAUACAUGCACUGUAAUGUUUUGGAGAUGUUUAGAGAGUUAAAAGCAACAAUUUGAUAAUAGUGAUUUAGGGUAUAUACCUCGCAUAUACCGAUACCUACCUUGUUAGGUGUUCAAUGUGCUUCUGUAUUACCCCUGCUGAAGUAGCCUCCCGAUUCCGGUGCUCACAGCUUUUUUGAGGAAUUACCUCCUCCCGGUACCCAUUUGGCUGGGAAUCGAACCCACGAUCCUCGGUUUCAAAUGGGAGAGUCGGAAACACCAGACGGCAUCGCUCCAAAGCAAUAGUGACAUGUUUCAUCCUGCCAAGCAGCGACGAGAGAAUGUAUUACGAGCGAAAGAAAGCACGGGUGACGAGACUGACUAUGAGGAGUGUUCUUGAUCUUCCAGAAACAUCUGUCACUCAGAUUUGAGAAAAUGUCCAUUUUUGGAAUUUUUGAAUAAUUUUCAGUAUUUGAAUGAAUUCCCAAACCCCAUUUUAUGCAUUUUAUAUGAACAGAUGUUUUUUGUACAUGUAUGUUGUAUGAUUGUGCCGAGAAAGUGAGAUUGCACGUGUAACAGUCAUAGAAUCUUUAGAGGGUAACAUCAUGGGAAAUGACCUUCCUUAUUACAUGUUAUAGCAAUACUGAUCAUCUUGCUCUGUAUGAGUUCUUGAUGAAAUUCCUUACAUUGUGGAACAGAUUUUAAAACCGUACCCCAUAUAUCAGGGAAUAAUUUCAAUUCUUAAAUCUUAUUAGCAUUUGUGGUUGUUAGAGAAAAGCUUUCUGUACAAAAAAAUGCUACACAAGUGAAAUUUUGUGUAGCUGUCAUAAAAUUAUGUGGAGCAAAUUGUGAUGCAAUACCAGGAAAUUAUUUGCUGUGCUCAAUAUUAGAUAGCUUGAACUGCAAACUCUGUCAAUAUCUGAUGACCACUUGAUAUAAUCAUCCCAUUACCCCUACUUGUGGUAAAAGUAACAUUUAAUUAACUGUAGUAAAUCUGAAAAUUGAUACACAACCAUUGAAACUCAUGUAACAAAUUGUAAAAAAUUAACAUGUCUUUUUCUGGAGACUUGCAGUCACUGUUUCAAUUAUAUUUAUAUCAUAAUUACAAUGUAGAGAGUGUAUGAAGAUGUGUGAUACGGCUUAGAGUGAGACGAAUCAUAAGUUUUCUUUACCUCAAACUUUGCCUUAAAGUUGAUUUUUUUUCUGGUACAUCACCUUUACUGACUGUAUAUCUUGACAUAUUUUGAAGAUAUAUAUAUAUUUUUUUUCAAUUAACCCUGCAGAGAUUAACUUUUGGGGUGUACAUGUAAUUUCUAUAGGGGAUUUUAGUAUCAACGUAUCAAAUGACAUCAUUUGUUAGAAAUGCAAAGAAUAUGGGUUAUGGUUAGAGCAAUUUGAAUAUAUUUAACUCUCGGCCAUUAUUCUCACAACGUUUUCAUUUUUAAGAAUACUAUCUGUAUUAAGGUGCUAUGAUAAGAUUUAAAAUGUAACUGUAAGACUAUCAGUUUCUGUUAGGUUGACUGAGUUUUUUCCCCCUUGCACAACAACUUAUCUAUUUAGUGAUCUGUUCGUGUACCAUAUUUGAACAUUAUAAGCAGUCCAUGUUUUUUUAUUUAUAUUUCUUCCUAUUCUUGUUGCAAUACUGUUAAUCCUAAAAAGUCUGACUCUUAGUCUAUUAGGGCCUAUUUAGACCCAUUUCACAGCCAGAGCCCCCCCCCCCCCCCGAGUCUUCUUCCCCUCUUUAAGAUCUUGGCCCAAUGCACCCAUGUCAUCCAUGUCUGAACUUACAUGUACGCAUGAAAGUGAAAACAAAGGUGCGCUCAGAUUAAUUGUAAAGUGCAGUGGCUAAUUUUGUGUAGAGACUCUGUGUGAGACUGGAAAGUACAAAUAGUUAUGAAACAAUGUGGUGAUUGCUUUUCACGUUGCAAGAUUAUUGCACAAAAAUAUUGAGGGGAGUAUGGAAUCCCCCCCCCCUUGGGCCUUAUAGGGUUAAAAUCUAUAUACAUGUACAUGUAGUACAUGCUCCAUAACUCUACUGGAAAUUGUCAAUUGAUUGUGGAGCACGGAUUUCAAGGGAUAAUUAACCCAUAAAGAAUGUAGUGGCAAUAACUUAUUGAUUUGAUUUGAUUAGAUUUGGGCAUUAGAUAUGUUAGAAAAGGGAACAAGACAAACCAGUUUCUUGCCAAAAGAACUGUAUGUAUCAGUUCUACCUCACACAAGGUUUUACUUGUUUUCCCCUUGUACAGUUUGCCAGAUUAAAAAAAAUGUUCUUUAUGCAACGUAAAUUUGAUUUGACUCCAAGAUAGUGUAACAGUCUGGUUUAUUAUGCUUGUGUGAAGGGGACCAUUUUACAUGAAUCAUCAUUAUGGCUUUAUGGAUUUGACACUGAAAUUUUUAUGUACAUACUUCGGGGGUAAAUUCACAGUAAUGUAGAAAAAUUCCUAGGACCUUUGUCGAUAAAAGGUAAACAACAAAAAUUGAUAUAUAUUUUUGAAUUUUGUGUGAAGAUUUUCAAUGUUCCGUUAAUUUGAUAAACCAAACUCAUUUCAUUGAACUCAUUUGUAAAUAUUCCAUGAUCAUUUUUUUUAAAGAUGCUAUUUUUAUGCACGACAUUACUCUUGUAAAUUUGUGUAAAUUUUGUUUAUUUUAUAUUUUGCUACAUAUUUUUCUUUCAUCAAUACUUGGGAGUUGGGAAUUAGUGGGUUAGAUAUAUAUUUCUGAUUACUUUCACUGGAGUUGAUACUCAUCCCAUUUACUUGGUAACAGACAAAAACAAAAGGUGCAAAGGGUUUUUUGACCCACAUAAUUUAGAAAUAAAAGAUCGCACUCAUAGGGUGAUGAAGAUUGCCAUUGGUCUCACUUCAGAAUGUUUUGUUUAUUUGAUGGAUAGAAAUAGAGAUAGUCAAAACACAGAAUUUGUUUUGAUGUACGUGUAAUUUGGAAGAUUUUUUUUUCAUUUGCAGGAAGGAUUAGUAGUAAAUUACAAAGGUACAUUCCAUUCUGCUUUAUAAAUCACAUUUUUAGUCGAUACAAGCCUCAAAUAACCAUGGAAACGCACCAGCAAUACAGACUUGGAAGCAGACAAAGUAUCCCUCGAUAAUGUAAUGAACAUUACAAGAAUAUAGCAGAAUAUUUUCUCGUCAAAUAAUGCAUGUACUCCAUUGUUAUUGUCAUGUUUGCUUUUAUAUUUUUACCCUAACCCUAAGAUAAAUCAUUCACUGCCAUUGAGUUUGUGUAUGAAUACCGUAUAUGUGUAGCUGUUUAUGCACUUGUAGUAUGCGAAGGAUGGAAAAUAUUAUUUGAAUCGAUUCUGUAGGAUAAUACAGAACAGAAAAUCAGGUUUCAUUUGAAAGAUUUUCCAGUUGAAUUCUUUUAUGUAUGAUAAUAAUUAUAAAUCCUAUUUUAUCCGUAAACAAAUCAUAAUGUAAGUCCGCGGAUCAUCCCAGAUAUGCCAACUGUAUGCCUUAAAUUUCAAUAAUUUUAGGUCAAGGGCACAUGUUACAACACAAAUGGAAACAGACGUUGGCAGAUUAAAAACAUUCAAGAAAUCCUUUGAUAAAAAGAAUAUGUACGUGCUGAACAAAUAAAAUUCAGAUUUUUCCCCUUUCAUUCAUUGUAAAGUUGUAAUAACAUGCACUAUCCAAUAUCCCUUGUACAUUGGAAUAGAAUAUACACAUAUUGAACAGUUUUUAGUCCGGUGUUGGUGUUAGUGUUGGAAGCACAAUUUGGAUUAUGUUGCCUUCAUUAGCUCCCAAACCUAUUCUGAGUUUAAUUACAAAAAUGAUACAGAUCACAAUAUUACUUGCGCAACACCUAGUGACUAGUGAGUGACUUUUCAGGACCAAUAUAAUUUUACAUUUGGUGCUAUGCUCAUGUGAAAAUGGACCGAACAUUAACACCAAAAGGUCAACACUUAACUUGAAAUCACCCAUUAUGCCUUUAGAUUCUGCUAGUUUGAAAAGAUGACGGUUCCAAAAGUUCCAACCACUGAGAUCCCUACAUUCAAUUGACUCUACUGUUUUGUGGUAGAGGACAAGAAUAUGGCUUUAUGGUCCAUAUUCUGGACUUUGGUUGAAUUCAAACCCUGAUCAGGGCUCUGUAACACAAAGGUUUGGGAUGGAUUGCAAACAUGAAAGAACCGACCUGAUUGGUCCCUGGUCAGUAUUUUAAACCAAAUGCGCGUGUAGCAUUGAUAUUGAUUGGUCAGUUCAUUUAGCGAUUGAUCGCUAUUUGUGUUACGGAGCCCUGGUCCGUCUAGAUCAAUGUCUAACCAGGGAUUUGGGAGGUCCCAAUUCUGGUUUAACCAUGGAUAGCCACUAAUAUCCUCUAUAGAUUGUAUGGAAAUAAUAAGUUUAAUACUUUUCUUUGAGUUUGCCUUAGAAAGGACCCCAUAAACCUAAAAAUCAAAUGCAAAUUUUUGGCUUUAGCACAACUUCUGGCUUGUAAUUAAGUUAUCCGGCCAAGAGUUCAGAAUUAUGGACCAAGGAAUUCUUUUUCUUUUUUUCACUGAAUCUCUGCCUUUUGACAUUCCUUUCUAUAUUUGUUCAUUAUGUACAUGUAUGUAAAUGAAGGGUAGGCAGUGAGUUUUCUAAAAGAAACCCAAAUGUACAAUGUUGAAAUGAGAUGUUUUAUUAUUAAAUGAUUAUAUGAAAAAACUCUCG